AUGUUUUGUCCUGUUACCCCGGAGCAGCAGCAACGUCUAACGAUAGAUGGCAAACGGUUUGAUCCCUUGCGGCAAUGCAGGCGGCGAGAGGCAGCGCAAAAAGGCGAAGAGCCUCAGAAAGGCAAAGAACCGCAGAAUGGCGGAGAGGCGCAGAUGCUGGUGGAGGAGGUCGCGACAGCGGAGAAUGCUGAAGGCGCGGAGGCGGGAGGUGCGGAAUCGAGACAAGAGGGCGAAGGCGGAAGGCAUACGCGGCCGCGGCAAGCCGAUGUGGCGAUGCGCGUGAGCGGCAUGAUAAGAGUAGGAGCGGGGAGCGGCAUGAUGGGCGGAGGGACGGGGAGCAGCAUGAUGGGCGGAGGGGCGGGGAGUGCGGAGGAGCUGUCGUUGGAGCAGCUGAUGGGUGUGAGCCGAUGGUGCGUGCUGCGCGCCGUGGAGGUUGAGGAAACGGCGAGAAUGGCGGAGAGGGAAAAGAUAUUGAGAGAGGAAGCGAGGGAGAGGGAGGAAGCAAUUACUAGGUUGAGAGAGGAAGACAGAAAUACGAUGAGGGAUAUGGAGAAGCAAGUUGCUGUAGCUGUGGCGAGGGCAGAGGCGCAGGAGGAGGAGCUGAUGGAUUUGCAGGGCGACAAUGCGAGGGCGAGGGAGGAGGUGAGGGAGUUGAACGACGCGGCCGAGGAGUUGCUGGCCUUGCUGAGGACGAUUCGAAAGGCGUGGCAGGAAGAUGUGCAGCUCGAGUUGCAAGCACGGCGGACGGAAAGGUGCAAGCGAGCUCGCACAUCAGAUGGCUCGGCUGCACGCAUGACGGGGUCAUCCCAACUUUUCUGCCCGGUCUUUCCCACCCACUCUUCCCUCUUUUUCAUUACCCCCGCCUCACUCAUGUCCAUCCAACAUUUCCCGGCGUGUGUGUGGCAGCAUCUGGAAGCCCUAUCAACCCAGGUGCACUAUGUGCGCACCAAGGCAGGGCUAGUGAGUUGUUUCACGUGCGGACUGGGGUUUGGGUAUGGAGUGGGUGGCAGAGAUGGGAAUGCAAGAAGGGAGGAGGAAGAAGAAAUGUGUGGUCGGGCGGACGGGGGGGAGGAGAAGGUGGACAAGGUGGGGGAUGAGGAGUGA